AUGAUAGCCAAUUUUGUAACGACCGGAGAUCCUUCAACUGGAAAUUUUACAUGGGCAUCAAAUACAAACGAGUCUUUAUAUUAUACUUCUUUGGAUUUACCUCCAAAAAUUGUGCGUGGUGCUAUACAUUCCCCUUCUCCAUCAUUUUGGAAUGAUGAAGUUCAAAUGCUUUCAAAAUAUCAGUUAGCAGAUGCUGUGAGUAGAGCAAAUGAACAAGCUGCGAGUGAAUUAACAUGGGAAGAACGAAUGCAACUUCGUGCCUAUAAACGCGCUUGGUAUGCCCUUUGGGUAUUUGUUUUUGCAAUUGCCGUAAUAAUAUGGCUAAUAAUUGUUUGUGCUGUGUGUCAUUGGAGUAGAACCCAUAGCGAUAAAGCUUAUGAUAAUAUUGUUAUUGAAAGAUAA